AAGAGUUGCUCAGAUUAAUUGGGUGUCAACCUGAAACAUCUUCAAAAGAAGAAGUGUCUUUGUUAUUAUUUACUUUUAAUAAUAAAUCAAAAAUUAUUUUAACUAAACAAUUAACAAACGUAUUAAAAUACAACAAUACACCUAAUAUUUCAAAACAUCAAAUAACGAAAAAUUACGCAACCACAUCAAUAUUUAUAAAACCACCUGUAAAUAAGAUUAGUUUAAAUACCUUAAGCGAUAAUCUAAAAGCCACUUCUCAGCCUAAACGUGUAGGUCGUGGGCCUGCAUCAGGUGUGGGCAAAACAAGUGGAAGAGGACAAAAAGGACAAAAAGCAAGAGGCGGUACUCGCAAUCCAAGAAGAGGAUUUGAAGGUGGUCAAACGCCUAUUACUAAAGCUUUUCCAAAACGUGGAUUUCAUAAUUAG